AUGGAUUCCAAAAGAGCAAUCCUCAUUGUUGGCCUAUUGGCAAUCGUUCUUCUUAUUUCCUCAGAGGUGUCAGCUAGAGAAUUAACUGAAGAGGUUGUUGAAAACUCAAAUGAACUAAAUGAUGCCAAAUUUUUGGGUUUUCAUCGACACGGUCACCGUCAUGGACAUCAUGGACAUGGGGUUGAUUCUGACAAUGGUAAUUGA